UAUAAUUUUCAAAUAAAAGUAUUUAAAUAGUAUUACAUAUUUGAACAUAUAAAAAGAUACUUAACUAAUUAGAAAAGAAUGGAGGAUAAUAUGAAGUUAUUGUUGUCUAUUGGGUUGAGUGAACAAAAAGCAAAGGAAACUCUCCAUAAUGCCCAUCUUACAAACAAUGUCAAACAAAUAAUUAAUGAAGUAGUGAAACACGCAAAAGUUGAAUCAAUAAAUGGUACCCUUCUCUACCAUCUUGCUUGCAAAAUGAAAUCACAGAUUUUGAAUCGCAUACCAUUUAUUGUGCCAUACAUUGUCAACAAGAAAUUAGACAAUGUUCAAAGAGUAAAUGCUGCUCUUGAUUAUUUUUUAAUCAAUAUUAAAGAAAAAGUUGAUGUGAAAGCUUUUGAAAAUUCAUGCGGUAUUGGAGUUGUUAUAACACCAGAAGAAAUUGAAAGUGAAGUUGACAAGUGUAUCCAAAAGUAUAAAGUUGAAAUUCUGGAGAAAAGAUAUCGUUACAAUUUUGGUCAUCUCAUGCAAGAAGUAAGAAAUGCUCUCAAAUGGGCAGAUGGUAAAAUGAUCAAAAAUGAGAUUGAUAUUCAAUUAUUUGAUUUACUCGGUCCUAAGAAUGAAAAUGAUAAUAUACCAGUGGCAAAACAGUCUAUAAAAUCUGUGAAAUCAAACAAAGCAGAAAUUAAGAGUGUAGUAACUGAGGCAAAAAAGAAAGUUGAAAGUAUUUCAAUAAAUGAGCUUAUCAAAUCUAAGAUUCAUUUUCAUAAGCCUGGAGAAAAUUUUAAAACAGAUGGCUACAUAUUGACUCCAAACACUAGGAAUUUAAUAAAGGAACAUUUAGCUAUUACAGGAGGUAAAGUAAUAACAAGGUUUCCACCAGAGCCUAAUGGUAUAUUGCACAUUGGUCAUGCUAAAGCUAUAAACAUUAAUUUUGGAUAUGCUGCUGCUUAUAAUGGUAUAUGUUACCUACGUUAUGAUGAUACUAAUCCUGAAAAGGAAGAAGAGAAAUUCUUUACAGGAAUAUUAGAUAUGGUUACUUGGCUUGGCUAUAAGCCAGCCAAGGUAACAUAUUCUUCUGACUAUUUCGAUCAACUAUAUGAGUGGGCAAUACAACUGAUUAAGAAAGAUCUAGCAUAUGUAUGUCAUCAGACUAGUGAUGAAAUAAAAGGCUUCAAUCCACCACCAAGUCCAUGGCGAAAUAGGCCUGUAUCUGAAAGUUUGAAGUUGUUCCAAGACAUGAAAGAUGGAUUACUAAAUGAGGGUGAAGCUACUUUAAGAAUGAAAGUUACUUUGGAGGAAGGUAAGCAAGAUCCAGUCGCUUAUCGAAUAAAAUUUUCUCCUCACCAUAGGACUAAAGAUAAAUGGUGCAUUUAUCCAACAUAUGAUUACACUCACUGUCUGUGUGACAGUAUUGAAAAUAUCACACACUCGCUUUGUACAAAGGAAUUUCAGUCUAGAAGGUCUUCCUACUACUGGCUUUGUAAUGCUCUUGAUAUAUACUGCCCUGUACAAUGGGAAUAUGGAAGACUGAAUAUCAGUUACACUGUUCUAUCUAAAAGGAAAAUAGCCAAGCUUAUUGAAAAGAAGAUAGUUGAUAAUUGGGAUGAUCCAAGGCUUUUCACACUCACGGCUCUUAGAAGAAGGGGCUUCCCGCCUGAAGCUAUCAACAAUUUCUGUGCUCAAAUGGGAGUCACAGGUGCUCAGACUACUGUAGAUCCUGCAACUCUAGAAGCAGCUGUGAGGGAUAGAUUGAAUGUAACUGCUCCAAGGCAUAUGGUUGUGAUAGAGCCUUUGAAGUUGACUAUUGUUAAUUUUCCUCAAGAAAAAUCAGUGAGAUUAGAAGUACUUGAUUUCCCAGGGGAGCAGGAUAAAGGAAAACAUUAUGUUACAUUUGAUAACGUUAUUUAUAUAGAUUCAUCAGAUUUUAAAGAAGAGGCUGACAAGAAUUUCAAGAGGCUUACUUUGAAGCAGUCUGUUGGUUUAAAGUAUGUUGGUGUUGUACUUACCGUAGAAGAGAUUAAAAGAGAUAUUGACCACAAAAUCACAGACAUAAUUGUUCGUCAAGAAUCUUUGACUGAUAAGAAUAAACCAAAAGCUUUUGUUCAGUGGGUAUCUCGACCAGCAGUAGCUAGAGUUUUUAUGUAUGAUAAAUUGUUCCAUCAUUGUAACCCAGAAGAUGUGAAUGAAGUUCCUAAAGGAUUUUUGAGUGAUGUCAAUCUUAACAGCAAGAUAGAUGCUAUUGCUUAUAUUGAUCAAGAAUUUAAGAGCAGUUUGAAGCCCUAUACACAGUUCCAGUUUGAAAGAAUAGGCUUUUUUUCUGUAGAUCCAUCCUCAACACCAGAUGAUGUAAUUUUCAAUAGAACUGUCACUCUAAAAGAAAAUAUAACUAAGGCAUAAUGCUUGGAACAUCAAGUAUACAUAAAGUGUGUAACGUUAAAAGUUGUUCAAUGUUAAUUUUUUAAUAUUUGCUAAUAUAUGCUUAUAUUUUGUAUAGAUUUAAAUUUUUUGAAGUAAACUAAAAUCUAGAACAACAAAUAUUCUUGUGGAUUCUGAAAAAAACCAUUCUAUCAUUCAUUUUCCCUUCAUUAAAUGAAUCAAAGAUUAUACUAAAUUUGUUUCAAUUUGAAUAUAGCAUUAUUUAAUAAAUUCAAUUUGAAAAGAUCAAUAAAAAAAACGCA